AUGACUAGUAAAGUCUGGUUCAUUACUGGCGCGUCGAGUGGGUUUGGGCGGCUCAUGACAGAGAUCGUCCUCAAGAAUGGGGACAGUGCGAUAGCUACGCUGAGGAAGCCUGAAGUUCUCGCCGACCUAGCCUCCCAGCACAGCGCGGAUAGACUCCUCGUGUUGAGACUCGACGUCACGCACCUUCAAGAAAUCAAGGACGCAUUCUCCGAGGCGAUCAAGAAGUUUGGCCGUGUCGACAUCGUCUUCAACAACGCCGGAUACUCCAUGGUUGGCGAGAUAGAAGGCGCCCCGGAGGAUGCGGCUCGCGCUGUUUUCGACGUCAACCUAUGGGGAGCAGUGAACGUCAGCAAGGAGGCGGUCCGCAUCUUCCGAGACGUCAACAAGCCUGCCGGAGGAACUCUCCUACAGAUAUCCUCGAUAGCUGGGAUUGAGGCGUACCCGGCCGUCGGUUACUACAGUGCCAGUAAAUACGCGCUGGAAGGUAUAAGCACGGCACUUGCAGCGGAACUUGAUCCAGAGUGGAACAUUGCCGUUGUUCUGGUUGAGCCCGGCAACUUCGCGACGCCGGGGCUCAACAACAUCGUAUGCACACCGCCGCACCCUGCGUAUACGAAACCCACCAUGCCCUCCGCCAUGGGGCUACCAGACCCUACGCACGCUGUUGCUGCGAUGUACAAGUUAACGACUAUCUCCGACCCACCACUCCACCUCCCUUUGGGUCAGCAGGGAGUCGAGAUCGUGAAGAAAAAACUCGCAGACAUGCUCGCGGAGACUGAUAAAUUUGCGUCAUGGUCAGAGGGAAUGGGUGCGGAUGAGCUAGAGUUUUGA